CUGAUUAGAGGUAGACUUUGCCCUGGAGGGACAGUUCCAGGAAGAGAAGGAUCGGAGCCCUGUGUAAGAGGUAAGGACUCAUUACCUGGCGGUAAUCUUUUGGAGGGUAACAUGGAUCAAUCUAAAACAAGCAGUGAAGCCCAACCCCCACCGCCCUACUCUCAGGACUAUAGGCAACAGAACACCUAUGGCCAGCAGAACCCCUAUGGCCAGCAGAACACCUAUGGGCAACAGAACACCUAUGGCCAACGGAACACCUAUGGGCAGCAGAACGCCUAUGGUCAAAACAACUAUAGUCAUCCCCACUAUGGUCUGAACGUUGGCCCUGGCAACAUAGCGGUGGUCUCUCCAGCGGGUCAGUAUGAUGACAUGGGUCAGGGUCAUCCUGAGGAACAGCAGCAACAUUGGGCUACUCCACUACCACUACAGGCUGACUAUUCCACUGGGCUGGAGGACACCGGCUGCUUUGAUGACAAAGCUAUAAGAAGAGGCUUUAUAAAGAAGGUGUAUCUGACUUUGAUGAUUCAGCUUCUACUCACCUUUGGAAUCAUCUGUGCCUUUCUGUAUUGGGAGGAUCUGAGGGUCUGGUCCAGGAACACCUACUGGUUUUCUUACUCCAUGAUGGCAGUGGUGCUCGUCCUCAUAAUAGCCUUGUCCUGUUGUGUCAAUAUACGUCGGAAGGUCCCGCUCAAUUUCAUAGCCUUGGGACUGUUUACCAUUGCAGAAGGUCUACUGCUGGGCUCUGUGACUGUGUUCUAUGAGGCGGACGCUGUUAUGUGGGCUGUGGGCGCCACAGCACUGGUCUCCCUAGCUCUGAGUGUCUUUGCCAUGCAGUCCAGAUGGGACUUCACCUUAGCCAGUGGGGGCUUGUGGGUGUUCGGUUGGACUCUCAUAUCCUUUGCAUUGUUGUGUGGAAUCAUGCGAUCCCAGUACCUUUACAUUGUGUAUGCUUGCCUGGGGACCUUGCUAUUUUCUUUGUACCUGGUGAUGGACACCCAGCUCAUACUGGGUGGGAACCACAAAUACAGCAUUUCACCAGAGGAGUACAUCUUUGCGGCUCUCAACCUGUACCUGGACAUCAUCUCUCUGUUCACUUUGCUACUGUCACUCAUUGGACUCAGCCGUUAACUUAAUACAUUGUCUUACGUCUGAUAGCGCAACAAGCCACCUGUCCUGAUCCGUUGAGGAGGAGUUACACCAACUGUCGAAGACAAUGCCUUUUAAUAUGGAUCAGCAUCAAAGAUUCAGCCAGAGAAAGCACUUCUAUGUUUCGUAUUCUUUGAUGUAUAAAUUACCCCAUUGACAUUCCAUGUUAUGCAACUUAGUGCCUUCACUAAGUAUUCACACCCCUUGACUUUUUCCACAUUUUGUUGUGUUACAGCUUGAAUAAAAAAUUUAUUAAAUUGACA